AUGAGCAGUGCGAAGCGCCCAGCUGCGGCGCCGACGACCAUAUCGAACCUCGAAGGCGCCCUCUUGGGCAUCACGAUGUGCUUGCAGACGCCGGAAGAGGUCCUCGUCUUCCUCGACGCCGUCGACUCGCCCGCGCUCUGCAAGCCGCUGGCGGCGCUUCUGCGGCUGCUCCGCGAUCCGCGCAGCGCGUUCCAAAAUGGCUCGCUCGACGGCAAAGACGACUUGCUCUCGUACGUGUGGCCUUGCGUGAAACUCAACUGUGUUCGGCCCAAAGCCACUGGACUCGUCGUCGAUGCCAUGGCCGCGUUCCCGGCCAUGCGACUUUGCCGGGACGUGUACAUGUGGCAGCCCCAUUCGGAGAGCAAUCUGGACAUGUUCAUGUGGCUCGUUGCGACGUGGGGCCACAAGCUCCAGGCCAUCACGAUCUUGUCCCUCCGCGACGACAAACACUUGGAGCCGCUCUGCAACGCGCUUCGGCAGUGCACCGGCCUCGAUGCGUUUACUGUGGCCACGGACAUUAUGGAUUAUGUACUCAACUACCCGACACGCGAUGGGCCCAACUACUCUGCGGAGCUCAUUGCCGCCGUCACGACGCCAAACCACCACGUUCGUCGCAUGAGGAUCGUGUCCUAUCUCGCCGAGCGCGACUGGGUCGAGAUUCUCGGGCCGUGGCUUGCGUCGCCACACGCUCAACACCUCCGGUUUCAGCACACGAGCGCUCGCAGCGACGACAACAUCCGUCGCCUGGUCGUUGCCGCGCGCUUCCUCUCGAGUCUUGACCUCGACAUUGCGCAAGCCGGUGGCCUUCCGCCCAUCGAUGGCGAUGGCCAAGCGCGGUUUGAGAACCUCUCGGCCCUGCGCGUCCAAGUGCGCGAAAGUGACGCACCCUUCGUCCAGGAUCUCCUCCAGCGCCUCGAUCCCCGCCGUCUGACGCACCUCGCGAUCUCUUGCGAGAGCGACUUUAGCUACGUGCUGGACGCGCUCCCACGCUACACUGCGCUGCAAGAGCUCGAGUUUGACCAAGGUCGCUUCCAUCACGUCGCGUCGUUGCCGCUCUCGGGCAUGCCAGCGUUGCGAUCGGCCAUUUUUUCCAAUGUGGACCUCUCUGACCAAGCCGUCGACGCACUCGUGCGCCUCUUCGCGGACGCACCUGCGCUCGUGAAGCUUAUCUGGAAUACCUCGGAUGAGACCGCGUACGUCCGCGCCGCCAUCGCCCGCUCGCUCCGCCACUGGAUCAAUCACGGCGUGCGCGAUAUUCAGCUCGACUUCUGCCACAUGGCCAAGAACUCGGAGCUUGCGGCCGGCCUCUGCAAUGCGGCAAGCCCGCUAGGCGCCACUGUCAGCUUGGCCCCCAACAAAAUUGCUCCUCUGCUCAAAGCCCUUGCGACGUGCGCUGGCGUCACGCUGCAGCGGUCCGUUGACACGCGACCGCAAGACAGUUUCCCCCUCGCAAUCGAGGCUAUCGUUCGCAACCUUGCCAUUGAACGGCAUCGUGAUUCUUGGCGUGUCCGCAGCCCGCCGUAUCGUGCGUAG